AUCUCACAUUUCUUUUCCAAGAAGACCAGAAGGGCUUAAUUUCUUUACUACUAUUACAAACAAGUUUUUGUCCAAGAAAAUGAAGACAAAAAUCUUGGGUAUAUCUGCAUGUUUAUUAAUCGUGGUAUUGGAUAUCAUUGCUAUGGUUCUUGCUUUGAAGGCUAAGGAAGCUCAAAAUCAUGCGAAGCAUAUGAGGAUGUGGAUAUUCGAGUGUAAAGGGCGAAGUCACGAUGCGUAUGUGCUAGGCAUAGCCGCUGCAGUGCUUCUGAGCGCGGCUCAUAUUCUUGUGAAUUUGCUAGGGUUGUUGGGUGUUACCGGGCAACAUGAGUCACAGAAACCUUCACCGCCAAGCAAGAAGUUCUCCAAAGCAUUCCUUGUCUUGAUAUGGAUAAUCUAUGGGGUUGGCGUGACAUUGUUGGUGAUUGGAACAAGAUCAAACGAAAAGAAAGGAGUAUCAUGUGGAUUUACAUACCACAAUUUUCUACACACCGGAGGCAUUCUAUGCGUGGUUCAUGCCAUCUUAUCUCUUGCAUAUUAUGCUACUUCUGCCCUCUAUACUUCCACUUAAACUAUUCUCCUAUUGAUUGUUGUAGCAACAUGUUGUAAUUUUUUAUCCCUAAAUUAAAGUUCUUGACAAAGGGGAAGUCGAAUAUGUAAAAGUGAUUGAAUUUAUUGAAUUGUGAAUUGUUAUCCAGUUGAUUCGGAUGGA